CCCCCAACCUCUCCCCCUCAGUCCCAUUCUUCCACUUUUUUCCUCUUUCAUCCUCACAUCACUCUUCUACUUCUUCUUCUUUCCCCUCUCUCCUCUUUUCUUCCCCCACUCUCUUCUCCCCCUCUCUACCUCUUCCUCAUCUAGACAAUGUCUGUCGUCGGUAUAGAUUUCGGUGCCCAGAGCACCAAGGUCGGUGUUGCCCGUAACAAGGGUAUUGAUAUUAUCACCAACGAAGUUUCCAACAGAUCUACUCCUUCCCUUGUUGGCUUCAAUGCCCGCAGCAGAGCUCUCGGUGAGGCCGCUAAGACACAAGAGACUUCCAACCUCAAGAACACGGUCGGCAACCUGAAGCGCCUGAUCGGCCGCUCAUUCAGCGACCCCGAUGUUGCGAUCGAGCAGGAGUACACCACGGCUCAGCUUUGCGAUGUCAACGGCCAGGCCGGUGCCGAGGUCAGCUACCUCGGAAAGAAGGAGAAGUUCUCGGCUACUCAGCUGGUCGCCAUGUACCUGACCAAGAUCCGGGACAUCACCUCCAAGGAGCUGAAGCUUCCUGUCUCCGACGUCACCAUCAGCGUUCCCGCUUGGUUCACCGACGUCCAGCGCCGCGCCAUGCUUGAUGCCGGUGAGAUCGCUGGCCUCAAGGUCCUCCGCCUGAUCAACGACACCACCGCCACCGCUCUCGGUUACGGUAUCACUAAGCUCGACCUGCCCGGCCCCGAGGAGAAGCCCCGUCGGGUCAUGUUCGUCGAUAUCGGCUACAGCGACUACACUGCCUCCAUCGUCGAGUUCCGCAAGGGUGAGCUCAACGUCAAGGCUACUGCCUACGACCGUCACUUCGGUGGUCGCAACUUCGACCGUGCCCUGACCGAGCACUUCGCCGAUGAGUUCAAGGAGAAGUUCAAGAUCGAUGUUCGCACUCACCCCAAGGCCUGGUCUCGUACCCUGGCCGCUGCCGAGAAGAUGAAGAAGGUUCUGUCGGCCAACCCUGCUGCUCCCAUGAGCAUCGAGUCUCUGAUGGAGGACGUCGACGUCCGCGCCAUUGUUAAGCGUGAGGAGCUUGAGGUCAUGGUCAAGCCCCUUCUGGACCGGGUCACCGUUCCCAUUGAGGAAGCCCUGGCUGAGGCCAAGCUCAAGCCCGAGGACAUCGACUUCGUCGAGAUGGUUGGUGGCUGCACCCGUGUGCCCGCCAUCAAGGACGCCGUCGCCAAGUUCUUCGGCAAGACCCUCUCUUUCACCCUCAACCAGGAUGAGGCCAUUGCUCGCGGCUGUGCUUUCAGCUGUGCCAUCCUCUCCCCCGUCUUCCGUGUGCGUGACUUCUCCGUUCACGACAUCGUCAACUACCCCAUCGAGUUCACCUGGGAGCAGUCUGCCGACAUCCCCGACGAGGACACCAGCCUGACUGUUUUCAACCGCGGCAACGUUAUGCCUUCCACCAAGAUCCUUACCUUCUACCGCAAGCAGCCUUUCGAUCUCGAGGCCCGCUACGCCAAGCCCGAGAUGCUGCCCGGCAAGGUCAACCCCUGGGUUGGCCGCUUCUCCGUCAAGGGUGUCAAGGCUGAUGCCAACGACGACUUCAUGAUCUGCAAGCUCAAGGCCCGUCUGAACCUGCACGGUAUCCUCAACCUGGAGUCCGGUUACUACGUUGAGGACAUGGAAGUCGAGGAGCCCGUUCCCGAGGAGGGUGAUGCCAUGGACACCGAUGGCAAGGAUGGUGAGCAGCCCAAGAAGACUCGCAAGGUCAAGAAGCAGGUCCGCAAGGGUGACCUGCCCAUCUCGACCGGCACUACCUCCACCGAUGAGUCCGUCCUGAACGCCUGGACUGAGCGUGAGAACUCCAUGUACAUGGAGGACAAGCUCAUUGCCGAGACCGACGAGAAGAAGAACGAGCUCGAGUCCAGCAUCUACGAGCUGCGUGACAAGAUUGACGGCGUCUACUCCGAGUUCGCCAACGAGGAGGAGAAGGACAAGCUGCGGGCUAAGCUGACCGACACCGAGGACUGGCUCUACGAGGAGGGUGAGGACACCACCAAGUCGGUCUACGUGGCCAAGAUGGACGAGAUCCGCUUCGUCGCCGGUCCCAUCAUCCAGCGCUACCGCGAGAAGCAGGAGGCCGAGCGCCAGGCCCAGGAGGAGGCCGCCGCCAAGAAGCGUGCCGAAGAAGAGGCCAAGCGUAAGGCCGAGGAGGAGGCCAAGAAGGCCGAAGAGGAGGCUAAGAAGGCCGAGGAGAAGCCCGACGCUGAGAUGAAGGACGCUCCGGCCGAGGGCGAGAAGCCCGCUGAGCAGUAAAUUUGCUCGAUUGGUAGAUAACGGUGAGCCCAGCUGUGGGAUCGCAGCUUGAUGACAAUGUGGUCACGAACAAUGCAAUCAUGUUGAACCCCUUCAGUUGUUUAUUACGGAUUUCUUUUAUUAUUCUUUUUUCUCCCAUUCCCUUUUACUCUAUUCUGGCCGAGUGCCGGCACUGUGAUGUAGAACGACAUGAUUUCCCCUUUCAGUACUUGCUUUUCCUCUCCGCGUCUGUUUGUGGUCGACCUGGAGAUGCUGGCCUGGUCAAACGGCGGGAGCAAACUGGCAGGGGCACAAAAACUACUAGAGAUGCGCCAUGGCGAUGUGGAUAGACCUGCUUGAAAAGUAUAUGAUUGGUAAUACAGAAUAUAGUAUCCUUGCACAUGCA